AUGCCAGACACCACGAAGUUGGCUUGUCUUGCGGUCCGGCAGCGAGCCGGCAAGCGAAGUUGGGGGCUGAUUUUGUUGGAAAAGAUCAGGGCAAGGGAGGGUAUGGGGAACGGUGGAGUGCAAGAGAACAUACGGAUAGCCGAGGAGGAUCUGCGCCAGGCAGGAACCUUGGCUUCUACGGAUGCUUACUUGGGGUGGAGCGCUGAGAAAUACAAGCCAUCCGAACCAUCUAUACAUAAUCCCGGUCGAUGUUACUUCAAAUAUGGAGGCCCAUGCUUGAAUAGUUGUAUGGAUGCACUUCCACUACUUCUUGGCAACCAAGGAAUAAUCCAGCCUCCUCAACUACAUAUCAACAAAUUACGUGGAAAGUCCCAUAUCAUCAAUGAGAAGAAACUCUCCAUGAAAUGCUAUUUGGAUGUAGAUGAAUGGGAAGCUUUGACUCAUUGGCAUCAAAUUGCCGCAUCGCGAUAUUUGCCGGAGAGCGUCCGAGAUGAGCUGGCUCUCUGCCAGUAG